AGUAUCUUCCAUCUAGAGUCUACAUAGAAGUUAGAUAGAGAUCAGUGCAGUGGGCAGUAGCGCCUCCACCUCCUCCGAUCCGUCGCUGAUUUCCGGCGGGGUAUUUUCGACAUCUACCCUUUUGUUCCUGACUGAGCAUGUUUGUAAACAGAUAUAUUUUGACAAGUUCAUUUGAUGGUUAGACUGGAAUUUAUUCCUUUUGCAUAGCUUUCUUAUCAAGCUCCAAUAGGAAAGUUCCACAAAGAAAAUGGCUAUGCAAGCAGCCAUUCAUUUUCGACUAUUUUGCUUCAACUCUGACAGAAGCCAUAUAAGAGUUGGUGGUUGGAAAAAUACAAAAUUGACGAAUAAUGGAAGGAUUUGUUUACCCGGAAACAAUGUACCUCUUAAGCAAACGAGAGCGUAUGUAAUUCCCAAUGCAAAUGACGGACAAGCGGUUCUCUCUAUUUCUGAAGACGAUAAUAAAGAAGAAGUAAGCCAUUCUCGAGAUGAAGAUCAAUUAGAGAUAUUGAGCAAAUGGUCUCCUCCAAAGUACCUAUGGAGGGGAUUAUCAGCUUUUGUUCUGGCUGGACAGGUAAUAGUGAGGAUCUUGAAAGGAAAAAUUCAUGUGAAGAACACCCUUCAACAACUUGAGCGAGUCGCUCCGAAAUCCGUAGGCGUGUGUCUACUAACAUCAGCCUUUGUCGGAAUGGCCUUCACAAUCCAAUUCGUUAGAGAAUUCACCCGAUUAAGACUAACCCGAUCCGUGGGAGGCGUAUUGGCAUUGGCCUUCUCGAGGGAGUUAAGUCCCGUAAUCACAUCAAUAGUAGUGGCAGGUCGAAUCGGAAGUGCGUUCGCAGCCGAGCUCGGUACAAUGCAAGUUUCCGAGCAAACCGACUCGUUAUUAGUUUUGGGAUCAAACCCGGUUGAUUAUUUGGUAACUCCUAGAGUUAUUGCAACGUGCAUUUCGCUUCCGAUCCUGACUCUUCUUUGUUUUGCGAUGGGCUUGGCUUCGAGCGGUCUACUUGCAGACGGUGUGUACGGUGUUAGUGUGAAUAUAAUUCUGGAUUCUGCAAGGAGGGCUUUGAGGCCGUGGGAUGUAAUCAGCGCGAUGAUUAAGUCGCAAGUGUUUGGGGCAAUUAUAUCGAUCGUGAGCUGUUCUUGGGGUUUGACGACGAUGGGAGGUGCAAAAGGGGUUGGAGAGUCUACGACAUCGGCUGUUGUUAUUUCUCUUGUUGGAAUAUUUAUCGCAGAUUUUGCGCUUUCUUGUUGUUUCUUUCAAGGUGCUGGAGAUGCACUCAAGAGUUGUGUGUAAUCAUAAUUUGUUUUAGAUGUCUUAUACUAUAUUUGUAUGAAUUUGGAUCGUUAUUUUGAAAGUUUAUUUUGAAAUUUUGUAAUUCAAAUGAUAUUCUUAAUCGGAUAGUUUAUGUGAA